UUGCGCGUAGAAAAGACGUGAAGCUCUCGUGUGAAGUUGGGAAUUCACUUCGACGACUCCGCUGCGCGAUGGUGACCAUCCACUACGGCGUGCAUCUUCCCGAAUAAGAAGCAAUCUGUAUCGUGAAACUUCCUGAGCCUCGCACACACCGUUUUUCUACCGCCCACGAUGCAGCGACACGAAACCAGCGAGAUGUUCGACUCCGACGCGCAGUGCCCCGAUCCGUCUCCCGCGCCGACGGAGACACCGCGACCCACGGCGUUUAAGCCGCUGCCACCCAAGGUGAAGCGGUCUCGGCGGCGACGCAAGAAAUCCCGGAUGUUUCUGGUCCCUUACGAACCCACUCUGUCGCCAAUCUUCGAAGAAUCGCAGCGUUCGUCGCGAGAACUGGACGCGGCAGUCCCCUGUUCGCAGCCGCUGCUCUACGUGCCCGCGUUCGCGAGGUAUCCCACUUACGGCGUCAUCACGCCACGUCUCAACCGAGUGGUCAUCGCCAUCGAAGAGGAAGGCGGCGACAAGGCGUGGCCCGAGCGGGUGGCGAGGAUACUGACGCUCUCCUGGUUCCUGACGUCAAUCAGCGCGCUCGUGCUACUGGGCGGCGCCACCAUGAUCUGGAUGGCGUUUGACGGCGAAGACGACGGCGACGUGUUGACGCACCGCAACGUGGUCACGGCGUUCGUCGGCGUCGCCGUCAUUCUGAUGGCGGUGCUGUUUGUGCUGUGGAACGUGUUCAGAGGACUUCGAUGAGAUGCGGAAAUGUGUACACAUCUGUCUCUCC